AUGAGUACGAGUGAGAAGAAAAGGAAAAGGGGGGCAGGUCCCUUUAUUUGUCAACAUCCUGAAUGUCGAAAGGUAUUUUCCAGAUCUGAUCAUUUGGCUCGUCAUCGGGCCAAUCAUACCUCAAACCGGUUUGAAUGCGAGUGGCCUGGAUGUGGGAGGCUGUUCACCAGGCUGGACGUUAAAAAAAAACACGAAAGGAGGCAUACCACAGGAGGGCCACUUGUCCAGGAUGAGCGGCUGCACUCGUCCUUUGUCAUUGCGGGAAAGACCACCACCACCUCUGAGACAGAGAAGAGGGAGGAAAUUGCAGGUAAACCGGAUAACAAGGAGAGGCAAAAGACAGACGGAAACUUGGAAGUAGACGACAACAUACAUUUCACCCAGAUAGGCUUCCCGUCAGCGGAGCAAGAGUCUUCGCCACAGGCGGCAGCUGCUGGAACAACCGAUUAUGCCCAAUUGCAGUUGCAUAGCGAUGGUUCCAUAUCUCCUGAGAUGAAGUAUUCCAACCCAGAGCCUCUACUCCCAGCCCCUUCGAUACAGUGGCUGCUGAAUGAUUCUAUGAAUGUAUCACCCUCGAAUGGAAGAUCUUCGACUCAACCUGAAAAUGGCGCAUUUUAUUCACAGCAUGAGGAUCCACUGGGUCCAUCGACCCUUGCCAUGCUCCAAGAGAUAUUUGCUUUGUCCCCAGAGUUUCCGCAUGCUGAUUCUCAAACUGAAAUUGAUAGAGAUACGCUAUUUAAGAUGAUAAAUUACAUACCACAAUUGCAGAAUCAUCCCGAUUUUGUUAUUCCAAAAAUCAAAUGGUUUCUAGAAACUUACUGGCUUCUAUAUCAUUGCCAGUACCCAAUUUUACAUAGACCUUCGUUCUCAACGUUCGAUACGCAGCCACUUUUACUUUUAAGCAUGAUAAUGAUGGGUGCUUCUUUUUCAAAGAAGACGACCCCUCCAGAACACGUUGAUCUUGUGGACACUGGUGGGCUAGCCGAUAUAAUAGCUGAACCACUAAGGUGGAUGCUUUUUGCAAGUGAGCAAGCAAAACCACCCUGCAAAGCGUGGGUCAUUCAAAGCCUAAUACACCUGGAGACAUACGAAAUUACAAGUACCUCCAGAGCAUUGCAUGAACGGGCAUGUAUUUAUAAUGGGACAAAGGUACAACUAUUAAGAAGAAGUCCAAUUCUGGGAGGCGAUCCCUUAAAGGAAAUUAGGUCUGAUGUCACGCAGUCGAAUAGUUUGUGGAAUACAUGGAUCGAAAGUGAAUCAAUGAAGAGAGUUGCCUUAAUGUCAUUUUAUAUAGACACCAUUCAUGCGGUGGUCUUUGGACACCCAGUGACUCUAUUCGCCAAUCAAAUAAAGCUGUCACUUCCAUGUCCCGAUGAUCUUUGGGAAUACAACAACGUGGAUAGGCAUAAGGCACCUCUAUCUGUUGCGCAAACUCCGCUGUUUUGCGAUGCACUGAAUAAGCUCCUUCAAAAGGAGGAUAUGAAUGUGGGGCCAUUCAGCAGGCAAAUUUUACUGGCGGGACUAAUAAAUUUAUUACUUCAAAUAGAGCAGAACAUAUCUCAGUGGUCUAAUUUUGGAUGGAAGUCUAUUCACGAAAAUUGGAGGGAUACCAUAUCAUGCGCAAUCGAACACUGGAAAACCCAGCUACCUUUCUCGAAUUGUUGCCUCACAUCUUCGAGCAUCUACCAUUGCGAACCUGCUUCCCCUCUCCAUCCUUCUCUUCCACCUUUUUUGAGGGCAGAAGAUACCAGGUGUAGUUUCCCCGUUUAUCAUGCUGCACAAAUAUAUAUGAGAAUAACACAUUACGAUUAUAUUGUUUACGCCGGAGCACCCAGGAGGAUGAAUGUGCCAAUUUUGAAGGAAGAUUAUGAAGUUGCUGUUGAGCGGAUCGGCAAAUGGGUAAAAUCUCCUUAUGGGCCUCUAUGUGUUAUUAACUCCCUCAUAUUAUUGUGUGAAAUGCUUUUGCCUCCGGAGGAUUCAAUGGAAGAUGUAAAUUUUUUUUAUGAACCAGAUAAGGAUCCAUAUUUAUACAGGCCAAAUAUCGUCAUUUCAGCAAUCCUCUCUCUAUGGGCAUACACCUACUACUGUUUUGGGCCAGAAUCCUCUUUCAAAUCUUCCAAGUCUGAUUUUCAUAUAAGUGAAGAGUACUCGCCCGCUGUGGAAGAUGGUUCAACAUACCUAAGAAGAAUUAGAAGUCAAUUUGCUGCUUUAACAGGGCGGUCAUUCGCAACUCUCAAUAAUAUAGGUCCCGAAUCAAACUCGAAAACAGUAAAGGAAUAUUACCGCGUCUUUCUGAAGAUUACCAAUAUUAAACAUCUCGUUGGAUUGCUGACGCUAUUAAGAAAUGGUUAUGCUAAGUGCAAAUGGGAAGUCGGUAGAGAAUAUGCAAAACUCUUGGAUAAUUGUAUCCAACGCAGUUUGGGAAGCGAAAAUAUUUUCUGUAAAGACAUGUAUGACAUAAGUUAA